CAGUGUUUCUUCUUCUGUACAAAAACUAAGUAUAGACAUUUUUUCAGACACAGCUGGGCUGAGGCAGGUCGAGUGUGUGUGCAGCUGGAGCCAUGGACCUCAGGUGGAUCGUUCUGUUGUUUGGCCUGGGACUGGUAAAUGCAGCGGCUAAGCUAACAGGUGAUAUAGAGACUGACGUUGAUGAUGGUCAUGACUGGGACAUGUUUGACAUCAACAAAGCGGCUGGGCUGGACCUGGUGGAGGGAGAUAUCGAGAUGUACGAAACACCCAGCAGAAACUCCAUCUUAGGAGACAAGUAUCGCUGGCCAACCACCAUCCCCUACUACCUAGAGGACAAUCUGGAGAUGAAUGCAAAGGGAGUGAUCCUGAAGGCGUUUGACCAGUACAGACUGAAGACCUGCAUUGACUUCACACCGUGGAAAGGAGAGGAGAACUACAUCUCUGUGUACAAAGGGAGCGGAUGCUCCUCCCCUGUAGGUAACCAGCGUGUGGGGAAGCAGCGGCUGUCCAUCGGUAGAAACUGUGAUCGUCUAGGAACCGUUGAACAUGAGUUCCUGCACGCUCUGGGCUUCUGGCACGAGCAGUCCAGAGCUGACCGCAACGAUUACAUAGACAUCAUGUGGGAUCGCAUCGAACCUGGUAAAGAGCACAACUUCAAAACUUACGAUGACACAGUGUCCACUGCUCUCGGUGUACCCUAUGACUACGGCUCUGUAAUGCACUACAGCAAGACGGCCUUCAACAUCGCCUCUGAGCCCACCAUCGUCACCAAGAUCCCCCACUUCAUGGAUGUGAUUGGUCAGAGGAUGGGGUUCAGUGCUAAUGACCUCGCCAAGCUCAACCUUCUCUACAACUGCACCAAGUCUUCAACCUUUGUGGACAGCUGUGACUUUGAGGAGCAGAACAUCUGUGGGAUGAUUCAGGGUCCCGGCAACGCAAAGUGGGAACAACGUAGUUCUGUGAGCGGAGGGCCUCAGACUGACUUCUCCAACAUGGGACAAUGCAAAGGUAAAACAAAAGGCUACUUCAUGCACUUCAGCACAGCCUUUGCUGAACCUGGUACCCGUGCACUCCUGGAGAGUCGCUGGCUUUACCCCAAACCUGGAACCCAGUGUCUGCAGUUCUUCCUCUAUAACAGCGGGGCAGAAGAUGACGUUCUCAAUAUCUGGGUGCGAGAGUAUGACGAGGCCAACCCCAGCGGUAAACUGACGCUCUUCAAGAGUAUUUCAGGAGGGGUCAUGGGCUCCUGGGAACUGCAUAACAUCAAUCUGCAUGUGACACGGAAAGCCCGCGUGGUUUUUGAGGGUGUGAGGGGAAAGGGUCCCUCGAAGGGAGGUUUCUCUCUGGAUGACAUUAACCUGUCCUCCACCAAGUGCCCUCAGCACAUCUGGCAAAUCCGCAACAUCACCCGCCUGCUGGCCACCACACCAGUAGGAGAGAAACUGUACAGCCCUCGCUUUCUGUCACCUGCAGGUUACUCCUUCCAGGUCGGUGUGUACCUCAACGGAAGAAGUGACCGUCCAGGGUACAUGGCAACGUACUUCCAUCUGACCUCAGGCCCCAACGACCACAAGCUCAAGUGGCCGUGUCCAUGGCAGCAGGCAACUAUGGCCCUGAUGGAUCAGCAGUCUGACAUCAGACAGCACAUGAACAUGCACCGGAUGGUCACCACGGACCCCGACAAGAUGUCCUCUGAUGGCACCGAGUACUACUGGGAUGAUCCCAGGAAGGUGGGCUCUCAAGUGACUGCGUCUGACGGCAGCUACUACUAUCGAGGCCCAGGCACUGGAACAAGUGUCUUCAUCACCCACAACCGACUGAAGAGCAGAAACUUCAUCAAAGGAGACGACGCCUUCUUCCUCUUCAGUAUGGAAGAUAUAUCUCAUCUGCUGGAGUCGCAGCCUCUUUUCCGCCCUGCAGUCCACACUGAUGCUGGUCUGAUGAAGGCUGCAGACCAAGAUGCUCCGCAGGGAGCUGCUAAUAACUCCACAGUGGCCACAGCUCUGGCAGUGUCUGUGGCAGCAGUCAUGUUUGUGGUUUCCAUGCUGAUUGUAGGGAACGCCUGGAGGCUGUGGAGGAGGAGGAGGCAGCAGCAGCAGGAGAAUGACGAGAUGGUGAUCAUACAGGACAUGCCAGGGUUCAUGGGGGAGCAGCUGACCAAAUUUUAACCACCGCUCCAUGAUGUCCCCAUCAAAGGAAGCAAUCACACAGUCGCUAAAUGAUCUCCUUUUCAUGUAUAAUUUGAAUUUGUAUAUCAGAAAUAAAAC